ACUGUUGCGUAAUUAGUAGUUUCUAAAUACAGGCUGUCUGAAACAGUCAUGAGAAUAAAGCUGAAAUACAGGAAGCGCCCAGACAAAAGGCAAGAAAGGCGAGAGACGGUAGAGAGAGGUAGACAAAGACGUGGAGAGAGAGGGAGGGGAGGACGUUGUCAUCACGUACAGCCGCGGAGAGGAGGGGGAGGGCAGGGGUAUUCAGCCGGUAUCUGCUCUCUGCUGCAGCGGCCAUGCUGCUGUCCGCCGCCUGUUUCAGUGCAUCCCGGUCCUCUGCAGGUGUAGCCUGCCUCCGCUGCAUCCCUCCAGCUCGGGUUAGCGGAUCGGCCUGGACCGAGUCGGCUCGGUCGUAGCGGUUCAGCCCGCCAGGAUCCGACCGGAAUAGACCGGAACACGAUAGAGGGGGAAAGAGGAGAAAGCCUCCUUAGCAACAAACCGGUUUCACGGCAUUAUUGGGAUGGCGGGAUGCUGAGGAACCUGGGAGACCAACUUGUGUCUUGAGACAGAAACCCUAAGGCUGCCUGGAUCUUCAGGACUACGACUCAUUGAAUUGGGUCUAAAGCUGGAUUUAAGGAGCUGACCUGCUUUCCCUUGGUGGACUCAGCUAAGUAUUGCCUUUAAAGCUAGACGACUAAGGGUUAUGGUGGGGUCACCAAGACCACACUAAGGUUACUGCCAGGGCACCAAAUCACCAGUUAGGGUUGGCAACGUUUCUCUUGUAAUGAUUUAAUCUUAACAUAGGGAACAGGGAAACCUUAAUUUUAAUAUUCUCUUCGUGUCUAUAUCUUCUAUGCAUUGGGAACAAAGUUUUUCACAUCUCUUCAGUGUCUAAACUCUUGAUUUGACAUAUCACUGUGAAUCUCUGUUUUCUCUUUUGGAGAAAAGGAUUUUUUUAGAGUCCUAAUCAUCUUACUUUUGUUUGAAGUUAAAGUGCAGUACUACUUGAUUGAAAACAUAUCUUAAUAGUAACAUGGUUUCCCGUUGGAUUGUACCAGAAUUACUGAUACUUGAACUAAUUUUGAUGGACGUUGACUAGGCUACAUGUCUUCUUACAAGUAUUUUGGUGAGGUCUUUUAAUAAAAAUAGGAGGAUUACAACUGGAUUUUAGGGAGCCUAUUAAUUUUUGAGGACUUAAAGCAGAUAUAAAAAACUUGGACAUUCAGCCUUUGCUUUGAAUGGUAAUAACAUAUUCUGGCUCUACAAAAACUAUUUGCUAGUAGGUUUGUCUGGAGUUGUUAAAGCUUAUAGCUCCUGUUUUCCUGAUCAUACAGCUCUUGUACUGGAUCUCGUCUAUAUAAUCAGGACUAGACUGUUUUCUGCUUUUGGAGCAUGAAUUCUGUGUUGGGACUCUGUUAAACACUCUGGACUGUCAUCAACAUGUCUUUGAGUAAGACCCUUGAGUUGGAGCAUUUCGAUGAACGUGACAGGGUUCGGCGGGGACGCUCCACCCGGGCUAAGAGAGAUGACUGCACCGGCAGUGGUGGAGCAUCCGGCCCCAGUUCCAGGGGCAGCAGCCUGGUUCCUAGUCCUGCUCACAGUGCCAACUGUAGCUAUUACCGCACCCGCACCCUGCAGGCCCUCACCUCGGAGAAACGAGCCAAAAAGGUCCGGUUUUAUCGCAAUGGAGAUCGAUACUUCAAAGGCCUGGUGUAUGCUGUUUCAUGUGACCGGUUCCGGUCGUACGAUGCUCUGCUGAUGGAGCUCACGCGCUCACUGGCUGAUAACCUUCAUCUACCCCAAGGAGUUCGUACGAUCUACACUAUAGAUGGCAGCAAGAAGAUCACCAGCAUGGAUGAGCUGGUUGAAGGUGAAUGCUAUGUUUGCGCCUCCAAUGAGCCUUACCGGAAGGUUGACUACACUAAGAUCUCCGUCCAAAGCUGGAAGCCCGGCGCCGGCUCCGGGGCCACCGCGUCCAGCCGGACUUCAACGGCUUCAACGGCUUCAACUGGAGUAUCAACCAGCACCCCAGCUUCCUCCAAAGAUCGGCCAGAGGCCCGCGAGGGCAGAGAAAGCAAAGACUUCAUCAAACCCAAGCUGGUGACGGUGAUCCGCAGCGGCGUGAAGCCUCGUAAGGCCGUGAGGAUCCUACUGAACAAGAAGACCGCUCACUCCUUCGAACAAGUGCUCGCCGACAUCACAGAGGCCAUCAAACUGGACUCUGGAGCAGUGAAGCGGCUCUACACGCUGGAUGGGAAACAGUUGACCUGUUUGCAGGACUUCUUCGGGGAUGAUGACGUGUUCUUGGCGUGCGGUCCGGAGAAGUUCCGAUAUGCUCAAGAUGACUUUGUGCUCACACACAGUGGGAAAACACAGGCUUUUGUGAACGAGUGCAAGACCAAGACAUCUCGUUCGGCCGCCCCUCCAAAAACUCAUAAGACCCCCAGCGGCUCAAGUUUCUCCCCUAGGACUCCUCCCAAAGGCCUCUCCAGGACAAAGUCACCUGGCCCAGCUAACGAAGCCUCUGGAUCGCAGUCAGCCGGGAGGUCGAACAGGUCCAGCCCGUCCCCCACCAGCCCGGGUACACGACGCAGCCUCAAGAUGUCUCCUCGCCGGGCCUCCUCCACAGAUGUAAACGGUGAGGCAGAGCAGCCGGAUGAAGCUGAAGCCGAAGUGAACGGAAAUCGAUCAGUUUCUUCCUCCAUCAUCAAUGACAAGUACAAAGUUGGAAAAGUGAUUGGGGAUGGAAACUUUGCAGUGGUGAAGGAGUGUGUGGAGAGGUCAACAGGUCAAGAGUACGCUCUGAAGAUUAUCGACAAAGCUCGCUGCUGUGGGAAGGAGCACCUGAUAGAAAACGAGGUGGCGGUCCUGAGGAGGGUUCGGCAUCCGAGCAUCAUCCAGCUGAUCGAGGUGGAUGAAACUCCCACGCAGCUCUUCCUGGUCAUGGAGCUCGUCAAGGGCGGCGACCUGUUUGACGCCAUCACCUCCUCCACGAAGUACAGCGAGCGUGACGCCAGCGCCAUGGUGUUCAACCUGGCCGGAGCCAUCAAAUACCUGCACCGCAUGAACAUCGUUCACAGAGACAUCAAACCAGAAAACCUGCUGGUGUGUGAGUAUCCAGACGGCACUAAAUCUCUGAAGCUGGGGGACUUUGGUCUGGCGACGGUGGUAGAGGGACCGCUGUACACCGUCUGCGGCACGCCAACGUACGUCGCCCCGGAGAUCAUCGCCGAGACCGGUUAUGGCCUAAAGGUGGACAUCUGGGCAGCAGGAGUGAUCGCCUACAUCCUGCUCUGUGGAUUUCCUCCUUUCAGGAGUGAGAAUAACGUCCAGGAGGAGCUGUUUGAUCAGAUCCUCAGAGGGAAGCUGGAGUUUCCAUCUCCAGACUGGGACACCAUCAGCCUCCCAGCAAAGAUGCUGAUUAGUCAGAUGCUGCAGGUGAACGUGGACGCUCGCUUCACUGCUGAGGAGGUCCUGUCACACCCCUGGGUGACGGAUGAAGCUCCGGCAGAGUCCAACACUGUGAGCAGCACUGAGGACCAGACCAGUGGAGACAUGCUGGAACCAGAACCUGAAUCCCCAAUACUGGAAACCAAACAAGUUCCCUCCCCCAUGGUCUAGAAGAUAUACUGGAAAGCUGAAAGGUUUCUCCAGUUUUCUCUAGUAUAUUUUUAUUCCACCUCCUGUCUGGGGAACAUCCCAUUUAGAGAACUAAUACAGUCCAUUUUAGAAGAGGACUGAAACCAAACAAGGACCUCUCCCAAGUCUAGUCUCAAAUAUCCCAACACGUCCCCUCAUCUUGUUCUUAGACAUGUUCUGUUCCACCUUCUGGAAACUGAACAGAUUGUAUCAUAUCUGGUUUUUUGUAGGUUUUCAACUUCUACAAAUAUCCUGAAAACUUCUGUUUCUUUAUCUGGAGACCAGAUUUUUUCCUUCAGAGACCAAAUCAGUUCCCACAUUUGUGUUUUUUUUUUAUUUUAAUAUAUCAGAGACACAUCUACUUAAAUCUAUCAGGCAAAACGUCUGACUAAAUGACUCCCUUUAGCUCUUCUAACCUAAGUAAUUCCCUCCAAUCUGGUCUAAAACUAGUCCUUUUACUUUUACCCUCUGUAUAAUCUAGAAGCAGCCAAAACUUCCAUCAAUGAAAUGCAACAAAGUUCCCUUAAAGAUGAUCUAUAGCACUUUAUUUAAUCGACUGGUAGCCAAACAAGUUCCUUUCUAGCCCAGUUUAUGUUAUGGAAUGAUAUAUCAGGGAUCACCACUCCAGGCCAGUGUCCUGCAGGUUUUAGAUGUUUCCUUGCUGGGACACACCUGACUGAAAUGGUGCUGAACUUAACAACAAGCUGUAGGAGAUGCAUUUGGUUUGAGUCAGGUGUGUUGCAGCAGGGAAACAUCUAAAAUCUGCAGGACUCUGGCCCAAGUGGUCAGGGUGAUCCCUGGUGUAGAAAAUGUCCUAUUUUACAAGUUUGGUCCUACAUAUCAUCCACACCUCAAACCAGUUUCCCCAGAUCUAGACCAGUACACACCCCCUUUCAUCGACUAGAAACCAAAUAACUAGUCUACAGUACUUCCCCUUGUGUCUCAGAAAUAAACAAAUGCACUUAAAUCCAGUCCAGAACACAUCCCGAUGAGGUCUGGGAGCUACAGCCUGACCUACAACUACUUUACCAGAAGCCAACCUCGUCCUUCUUCUCUGGAAAUAAGUCCUGUCUUUAGUCUUUUUACAUGUUGGGUUUAUGAACUGCAAACAGAACAGGGCUCCUCGUCUCUGGUUUAGCACACAUUUUCCAUUUAUCUGGUCAUUUAAUCUGUUGGAGACAACGUCCAGGCCUGACUCUGUCUCUGCUGCUGAGCAGCAUGAAAUCACCAACAGGUUUUAUGUUGGUUUAAAACUAAUGAAGGACAUGCAUACCACAUCAACAUGGGGACACCAUGAAGGUGCUAUCGGACAUCCUGCUUCAUCAUCCAAUGACUGGACCACCAUUUUCCUGAAAGUGGCCCUUACUGUGCCUCUGUUCUGAUAUACUGACACCAAGUGGCUGUGAAAGAGGCCUCAAGCACUUUCAUAUGUGAAGCUUUCAGAAAUGGCCUGCUCCUGGGAUCACCUAUAGUCCCUGCUCCCAGGCAACCAGGAUGUCUUCCAUUUAUUCUGGGAAACGUCCCAUUUUUUCUGCCUUUGCCCUCCAGCUCUGCUCUCGCUGGCCCACAGGAUGUUUCUCAUUUCUUGUACUUGUCGUCCAGAAAGCCGAGGAGACGUUUGAGUGCUGUGCCUGUUGACGCUGCUAAAUAAUCCCUCUUAAUAUUCCUAAAUCUGAGCCCAUUCCCCCACAGGUUCAACCCCACUAAAACUGUAUCUGCAGCUACAGCUCGCUGGUUUUGUUUUGACGGAUCUUUGCUCAAGUAUUCCUUUUCUUUAUGAAACGAAGCAGGAAUGUGACUAAAAGUAAGAUGGGAAAAUUGACAAUUUUUAUGUCUAUGUAUUAUUUUUAGUGGAUUUAGCAGACUGGAAACAGGGAAACAAGUGGACUUUUUAUUCCUGAAGGGAAAUAUUCUCAGUAAAAAGAAUAAAAAGAGACCUGGAGGUCCAUUUAAGAAUAACAAAAACUAAAAAAAAUGAGGCUCCAAUCCUCCCAUCCAUCACCUACUUCCCAGACUUCGUACUGUAACUCAGAUCAACUGAGCCACUUCUAAACCUCAUAUUUUCAAAAACUAUUUCUAAACCCUCUCGAGGUUUCUACCUGCGGUACGACUGAAGUUAAGGGCACGAAACCCCGAGCUCCCUGCCUCUCCUCGGUUUACAGCAGUUUCCGCAGGAUAACAAAUGUUGUAAAUAUUGUAAAUAUCACCUCGUCUGUCAGUGUCUGUCUGUGUGUGUGUCUGUUGUGAAGUAGGGAAACAGUAGCAGCUUGGAAAAUAAGUAGUAUUACCACGAAAAGAAACAAUCUCAUCACAGACAUGUGUCGUCACCCUGAAAAAAACCUGCCCAAAGAGCCAAAGUUUCUUCAAUGAAAAGUGAUUUACCACCUCGAUACUGAAACAUUUUGACACAGAAGCUUUAUUUUCAACUAACAGCUGUUUAUUCGGUUAAAGAAAAUGAGAUUCGGGUUUCUGAAGGGUGUUGAUGAAGUAUAAUGAAAGAGUUCUUAUCGGAUCUGCUAGCAAAUACAGCGACAAAGAACCGGAUGGAGAUGGACCUCUUUCUUUAUAUGUUCAUGUGUCUGUGAAAUGUGACGUCAACCAAUCAUAUCGCUCCAUCCACACAUCCAUCAUCCCCUCUGUCCAUGUUUCUGGUGAUAAAGAGUCGCUGAUGAUGAAGGAGAAGUCAGUGUGAUGUUUUAACUUGUUGAUAAAGACGUAUGCCUGAGUUUUUUUAAUCUGCAUCGAGGGAAGUCCUUUCAGAGGAAAAAAAAAACUUGAAAAGAAGUGUCAUUUGUCAUCUGAGUGAACGUGUUGACCUGAUGCAGUGAUUAUAACCUUUCCAUGGCCUUUGCUGGAGCUGCUGAUGGAGAGUUUGGUAGGAUGUGAAGCUUUAGAUCAGAGGUCUGCAACGUUUACUAAGAAAAGAGCCAUUUUUACCACCUAUCCCACAAAUCUAUAUAGCUCUAAAAAAUAACUUACAAUAAAGAAAACUAUUAUUUUAUUGCAUUUUAUGUGUUGUGACAGAAGAAAAUGUGAAACCUGCACACAAUGAGUUCAUAUAUCUACACAAUCUCUAAUUUUCUGAAUUAUUUCACGUUAAUUUUUUAAGUCCUAAAUUUUAAUCUUUCAUGCAUUUGCUGUUUGUGAAUGGCUUUCCAAACCUUACCAUUUCCUGAGCUACUACACCUGCAGCAGUAACUGAGUUUCAGGUUGGGAUCCACUUCUUUGAAGUAUGUUUGCACAGCCCCGUUUUUUCACAGAAGUUCUGAAAUCGCCUUAUUUUGGUUGAGGAGCUGUGGGUUGCAGACCCCUGCUUUAGAUACAGAGGGUUUAAAGAGAAAAACCAAAGCUCACCAUGUAAAGAAUUCAUUAGGAUUGCAGAUGGCAUGUGAUCAAGAAUCAAUACCGUCGAGAUAUUUUAGAAGUUUUGCUGCGGACUUGCAACAAAAUCAUAGUUUCCAUGUCUGUAGUCAAUUAAAGGGUCAAGUAUGGAAACUUUUCCUUUGAAGCUAAAUUAUUUACAUCCCAAUGGAUGGAGGAACAUUACAAAAUGAAGGAAUAUAAAAUCUUUAAUUCUUCAACAGGAGGCAGGACAAGUAUCAGGACACAGAGGCUGCUUAAAAUAACUUUUUAUCCAUCUAUUCUCAGGUUUUAGUUGCACAUGGACAUCUGUGGAGGAUGUUAUAGAAGAAUAUACAUCACACCAACAUGUACACCACAAACUGACUCAGAUUUUCAACUCAAAAAUUCAAAGGAACCUGGGGGAGGCAUGAUGAAUUCCUACAGUGUUGAUUCCUAAUAAAUGAAUCACACAUAUAGUGCUUUUGAGUCUGUAUCACUGGGCACAGGUUGCAGUGUGUAACGAAGUGUAAAAAAUCAUGAGCUGUGCACGAAUGUGAGAAAAAGCUGGAGUUUGACGGAUAGACAGAAAGUGGUGCAAUGUGUAUAUUAGUGAUUUAGGCCUCAUUUUAAAAAAGCUUUUGUUGUGAUUAUGUUGAUUUUAAGCUAAUUCUAGCAUUUGCAGAACAUAACACCUACCAGGAAAGUGUUUUUGCACCAAACCAGUAAAAGCUGAGCAUCCUCCUCCUCUGCUGUCCACUAGGGAUGUAACAGGACAUCUGGGCUUUUCUUUGUUUUACGUUUGAAUAAAACUGUAUUGACUGCGCAGAAUUUAUUUAUUUCUUACAUAUUAUGACAGUAUUAUGGUUACAAGCGGUAUAGUUAGCAUGUUGCUAACAGCUCUGCUUCAGCAGCAGCCAAACUCUUCAUCAGCAUCUCGGCCUCUGACCUUCUAUGCCUGCUCUGAACCCAGUGGUCUUAAUUCUGUUCUCUUUGCUUUAUACCAAACCAGGAGGAGCCUUUUGUUACUGUUAGUACUGCAGCCGCCCGGGUCAACAAGAGACUGAAGUCUCGAUCAGUUCAUCUCACUUUUGUGUCACUGUGUUGCAUCUGUUGACAUUCAACUAGAGCACCAUGCACCAUCAACCGUUAAGGCUCCACGUUGGUGUCUCUGCAUGUCAAGCUUUACCCUGAAAUCAUUUAGACUCAUUUUCCUGCCUUUAUUGUCACUUUACACCAUCAGGCAAUGAAAAACGGUAAAAAAUGUAUCUCAGAUGUUUUCUAGUUGUCUGAUGAUUGAACUGUCAAAUGGUGCGUUGAAGAGCACCGAGAAUCUGAGCGUUACAGAAAGCAGAAAACAUGGAUGAUGCAAAAGUAUGUGUGUUUUCUUUUAAUGUGCUAAAAAUACAUCUUAGUCUGGAAGUUCACAUGGCAGACAGUCCUUGAAUGCAGCAGGAGGCUCAAACGUUUCCUGCAGUUGAAUCUGUCGUUUUUUUUAAUGAAAACUUGAUUUAGAUGUUGAAUCUAAUUAAAUGGACCUGAAUUUUUGUGUUUUGACUUGAAUGCAGCUGAAACUCUGCUGUUUGUGCGUUUUCACUGUUUGGUCCCUGAUUUUUGCUGCAACCGCUUCCUUAAUGAAAAGCAGUCUUUAGGAGUGACAGAAAACACUCGUUUCUGUGGCUGUAAAUUGAAAACCUGCCUUUUAAACCCACAAACAGCUCCUCUUGACUUAUAUUGCUUUAUUGACAUGCUGUUCAGUUGUUCCUGAAUGCUGGACGGUGCUGAGCAGUUCAUUGAUAAGAAAGAGCUGAAUCAGAUUGACUCGGGUGGCUGUGCGUACUGGGCCCUUGGUGUGUGUGUGUGUGUUUUUUUUAAAUCAAAUGCAGUGCGUGACAUUUCAUGCUUCAUGCUUCAUUAUAGACAGAAACUUGCCUAUGUUUUUUUUCUUUUAUAAGGUAAACAAAUAAGAAAUCUGAAGCAAACUAAAUUUAGAAAAGCAAAUCUGAGGCUAAUGUGCUGUUAAAAAAAUAAAAUCUAAAGUUUUCAGAAUAAUUUUUAUGAAACUUAUGUGUAAAAAUGUAUCAUCUCCAACUUUGUCUUCUAGUUGUCUGAGAAAUUUAAAUAAGCAUCGAAGUCAUCUGAGUUGAGUUUAGGAAAACUGGUCCUGAUUUGAAGUGGAGGGAGCAGCGAGAAGAAGUGUUUUCUGACAUGUUUUAAUGCUAACGAUGAUCUGUAAUAAUGUGUGUUGAUAUGAAACCUGUAUGUUUGCUGGGAUCAGGGCGAAGGAAGAAACCCUGAUUUGUCUGAUUUGUACUGAGGAAAGAUGAAUUCAACUGUGAAAUAAAACCAAUGCCAUGGCAUCAUGUUAAA